UUGUCCUUUGAUGUGAAAGAAAUGUCAAACGUUGAGACUAGAAUCCAAGAGGCAUUUCAUAUUCUAUCACAAGAAGCAAAAGAAUUGUACUUACAAAGUGAAGUUGCACAAAUAAAUCAUGCAAUUACACCACUCACUUUCUUUCGAGAGUAUGUUUCGAAAAAUAUACCAUUAAUUAUAAAAGGAGCGGUAAAACAUUGGCCUGCCGUGAGCAAAUGGUCUAUACCAUUCUUUCGCAAAGUGCUUGGCGAUGAGACAGUAGCAGUUGCUGUAACACCAAAUGGUUAUGCAGAUGCUGUAGCUAGGAAAGAUGACGGUAACGAGUUUUUUGUAAUGCCCGAGGAACGUUUACUCACAAUGUCGGAAUUUCUCGAUACACUAGAAAACACAAGGGAAGAUAGUAUAUUCUACAUCCAGAAACAGAACUCAAAUUUUAUAAACAGCUUUUGCAAGUUGUGGUCAGAUGUGGAGGUGGAAAUGUCGUGGGCUAAUGAGGCAUUUGGCAAGCACCCUGAUGCCGUGAACUUCUGGAUGGGGGAUGAAAGAGCUGUAACUUCCAUGCACAAAGAUCCUUAUGAGAACGUAUAUUGCGUUGUAUCUGGUGAAAAGAAUUUCAUUUUACAUCCGCCUACGGAUUUACCGUGGAUUCCGUAUGAAAAUUAUCCGUCCGCUGUUUAUAAAGAACACGAAUCCGGGAAGUGGACCAUUGAACCCACAAUUAAUGAAACGUAUACCUCAGAACACAUCGCAAGUUCAACACCAUGGAUAUGCAUAGAUCCUCUAAAUCCGGACUACAAAAAGUUUCGUAUAUAUGUAACAUACAGUUUGUUAUCUUUUUUUUUCAUAUCAUAUUUAUUUAAGAGAUUAAUAAACGAAAGAUUUUUACUUAUAGAUAUCCAGAAUAUCGUAAUGCACACACUUUGCGAGUCACACUCGAAGCUGGUGACGCGCUGUAUUUGCCAUCCCUAUGGUUCCACCAUGUUACGCAGUCUCACGCUUGUGUAUCCAUCAAUUAUUGGUACGAUAUGGAAUUCGACAUCAAGUAUGCGUACUUCAGAGCGCUCGAGACGUUGUGCAAAUGAACAAGUUAGUUAAGGCACGCUUCGAAACGUUUAUGUACGUAAAUUGUGCUAUUUUACUUUUAAAACCAGCAUUCGGUGUAUAUAAGAGAUUGAAGAAAUUAUACGUUGCAUAUGCGUCCAACAUAUAACUAUGUCAUACAUACCAUAAUCAUACACUAAUAUCAAGACAUCUAUAUAUUUCAUAUCUCCUAAUUAAUACAGUAUUGAUAUAUUCGUUAAAUUAAAUGCACAUAUCUGUAUUGUUAUGCCAAUUAACGAUGUAAAGAUGUCGCCAUUCAAGCGCUA